AUGGCUGAAACCGCUCCAGCUGCCGCCGCUGCGCCGGCUAAAGCUCCCAGAAAGAAAUCGGUGUCUAAACCCAAGAAAACGGGCCCGAGCGUCAGGGGCCUCAUCGUCAAGACUGUGUCCGCCUCCAAGGAGAGAAGCGGCGUGUCCCUCGCCGCCCUGAAGAAGGCUGUUUCUGCCGGUGGCUACGAUGUGGAGAAGAACAACUCCCGCGUCAAGCUCGCCAUCAAGAGUUUGGUGACCAAAGGCACCCUGGUCCAGACCAAAGGUACCGGCGCCUCCGGCUCCUUCAAGCUUAACAAGAAACAAGCCGAGACCAAGAAGAAACCGGCCGCCACCGCUGCAAAGAGCCCCAAAAAG